AUAAAAACCAAGAAAAAAUACCUGAAAACAAAGAAGGAAAGGAAUUCUAUCUUAGCAAGCCACCAAAAUGCCAGAGAAGAGCAAAAGGUCUAUGGUAGAGGAAACUUACUGCAAAGAAACAAAGAAUCAAAUUCUGAUGUGAAAGCUACAAGGCCAAAUGUACCAGAUGAUUAUACAGUGGAUUACCUCAGAAGACAGUUGCCCGAUCAAGGUUUGGAUCUGCAUCACAACUUAAAAAGCAAAAUGAAAGAACGUACAUCUUCCCAAAGAAAGAAGACUGGCAUAAACUGGACAGAUGAUGAAAAAACAAUGUAUAAGGAUGAAAGAACAGCUCAAACUCAAGAAAUAUUGAAUUACUUGCUACCUAUCAUGGAAAGCACUAAAAACAUGCAAACUACCCAGACAAAACAGCUAUCCAAUCCAAGAACCAAUUUCCAAAUCCAUCAUCAGUAA